UAUACUUUACAGACGUAAUCUUCCAAUUAUAAAUAGAAGAAGAAGACGCUUUGGAGGCACGGGGAAUUAUUUCCAAUUUCCCUGUGUGUGGGCCAUGUGUUGGUGUCGAGGGACUGCUCUUGUUCAAAAAUGGCAAUGACUCUACAUACAGAUUUGGGGGAUUUAAAGAUCGAAUUGUUUUGUGAACGUGCCCCGAAGGCAUGCGAGAAUUUCUUGGCUUUAUCUGCUGGUGGAUUCUACGAUGGAUGCAUUUUUCACCGAAACAUCAAAGGCUUCAUGGUACAGACUGGGGACCCCACAGGAACUGGAAAGGGUGGAACAAGUAUUUGGGGGCGAAAAUUUGAAGAUGAGUUCAGCGAACACCUGAAGCAUAAUGUCCGUGGUGUGGUCGCCAUGGCAAACAAUGGCCCAAACACAAAUGCAUCACAGUUCUACUUCGUCUAUGCCAAGCAGCCUCACUUGGACAUGAAGUACACCGUCUUUGGAAAGAUUAUUGAUGGUUUGGAAACCCUUGAUGAAUUAGAGAAACUCCCAAUCAAUGAGAAGACUUUCCGACCCUUAAAUGAUGUCCGUAUAAAGGAUGUGACUCUCCAUGCAAACCCGUUUGCUGGUUAAUGACGUCUUUCCCAAACCUGGAGAUAAUUGUCUUUUAUUUUGUUUUAUAGAAAUGCAUUUUGUAAGGUUUGUUUGUCUUUAUAAAAAUAAUAAUUCAAAAAAUUAAAAUAAUUUUACAGAAAAACGUGUAA